AUGUUUAACCACAGAGUCCUGCACACGACCAGAAGACCCUCUGGCCUCUCUUGGACAUCUGUGUCACCAGUCCAGUCCAGUUUAUUGUCAAAGUCCACCCACCCACCUCUGGACCAGGUCCACAGAAGACAGCACAUGAUUGCGUCACAGAGGGUGAACUCCGUCGACCUGUCGUGCUGCAGCCUGGAGGAGCUGCCCGCUCAGCUCUUUUACAGCCAGGACCUCACACACCUCAAUCUCAAAAACAACUUCAUUUCGCUGCACAAAGGAGUUCCAGCGCUCACCAGGUUUUGUAAACUGAGAAGCCUCAGUCUGUCGAAUAACGCUCUGUCAGACUUUCCUCUGGCCUUGUGUGACAUGUCCUCGCUUACGGAGCUAAACGUGUCUGGAAAUCGUCUCUCGUCGCUGCCCGCAGAAGUAGGAACCAUGCACAACCUGCAGACUCUCCUCCUGGAUGGUAACUGUCUGAGCUCUCUGCCCGUGGAGCUGAGCUCUCUGGAGGGCCUGACCUACCUCGGCUUGUCCUUCAACUGUUUCAGCUGCGUCCCCCCUGUCCUGGAGAAGCUCAGAGGCAUGGAGAGACUCUGUCUGGCAGGGAACCAGCUCUCCGUCCUGGAUAUAGCCGGACUGCAGUGGCUGCCUGCUCGCCACAUAGAUCUCAGGCUAAACCGGCUUCAAAAGGUGACAGUGGGAGAGUCAGAGCAGCUGGUCCACAUCGUCCAGCUGGACCUGAGGGACACUGGUUUACAGGAGCUGGAUGUCAGGCCUCUCUGUAGGCUGGAGCUCCUGCGCUGUGACAGAAACGCUCUCUCCCUCCUCAGAGUCAGCGGCCACGCCCUCAAGAGCCUGCACGCUGCACACAACGAGCUGAAGCUGCUGGAGCUGCAGCCGGUCCCAGAGAACCUGACUGUUCUGGAUUUGUCCUGGAACAAGCUGGGAUGUGUCCCUGAGUGGGUGUGUGAGAGCAGCAAACUGGAGGUGUUGGACAUCAACCAUAACUGUGUUACAGAGCUCUCCGUACAGCUGAUGUCCAGCGGGAGUCUGAGAAAGCUGCUGGCCGGCUGGAACGAAGUGUGUCGGCUGGCUGAGAGGCUGGAGAGUUCACAGCUCGAGGUCCUGGACCUCCAACACAACCAUCUGACUGAGCUCCCACACAACCUUUUCAUCAAAGCACAGAGCUUGCGGUACCUAAAUGUGUCGGCCAAUAAGCUGGAGAGCCUCCCAGCAGCCAGCCUAUCGGAGGACAGCUUCAGCAGCCUGGAAGAGCUCUAUGUGACCAAUAACAGCCUAACAGACAAGUGUGUCCCUCUGCUGACUGGACACGGACACCUCAGGGUGCUGCACCUCGCCUACAACCAGCUACAGACCUUCACCGCCAGUAAACUGGCACGCCUGGAGCAGCUGGAGGAGCUGGACCUGAGCGGCAACAGACUGCGGGCAGUGCCCACCACCAUCCUCAGCUGCCAGCGCAUGCACACACUCUCCGCCCACUCCAACUGCAUCAACGCGUUCCCAGAGGUGCUCCAGCUGCCUGAGAUCAAGUGUGUCGACCUGAGCUGCAACGAGCUGACCGAGGUGACUCUGCCAGAGACGCUCCCUCCGAAGCUUCAGGAGCUGGACCUCACAGGAAACCCUCGUCUCAACCUGGACCACAAGAGUCUGGAGCUCCUCAACAAUAUCAGAUGUUUCAGGGUGGAUCCGUCACCUUCAGCUCCGUGUGUGAAUGAGAGCCACGGGGCCCCCGCAGUCUGGAGCCACGGCUACACAGAGGCCUCUGGAGUCAAAAACAAGCUGUGUGUGGCUGCUCUGGCUCUGGACAGCUUCUGCCGGAUUCCAGAAGCCCUGUACGGAGUUUUUGACGGAGACAGGAACGUCGAGGUGCCUUACCUGCUGCAGUGCACCAUGGGAGAUGUGCUGGCAGAGGAGCUGCACAGGGGCCAGAGGCAGGAAGACUACAUGACCAACACUUUCCUCACCAUGCAAAG